GUUGGAUGCACUGUGCUGAUGUAAGGAGACUGGGGAAGGAGGCUAGGUUAUUAUACAGUAUUUGAAUUUGAACUCCAAAACUAACGAACAGCAUACUUAAGGCCUGGUUUAUUACACAACUGAAUAAAAAUAUUUUGUUUAAUUUUCUUUUAAAGAGAAUAAAUUUUCGUGUAGUCUAUUGGAACAUUAGCUGCUGGAACCAAGUCGCAAUGAAAAACAUAUUUUGUGAAAAACGAGCCAUUAACAACUUAUUCAACUCAGGCUUAUUCAGGUGAAGCCCUGCAGUUUGUCAGAUUGUGUUAAUAUACGUAUAUUUGAAAGAAAAGUAGCUAAACUUGUAUGUUUUAGGUUUUGAUGUGAUAAUUUAGUGGUACACUCAGGAAAAACUGUGAAACAAUUUGGUUUGAAUUUAAAAUGGGUGUUAAGGAUUUAUGGAACAUUUUGAGCCCUUCUUGUGAGAAAAAGUCACUUUGGGAAUUGCAAGGAUUAACCAUAGCAAUUGAUCUAAGUUCUUGGAUUGUAGACAGCCAAAGCAUAGGAGACAAUACGCAAAUGAACAUGUAUCUCAGAAACCUUUUCUUCAGAACUUCAUAUUUACUAUUACUUGGAGUGAAACCAGUUUUUAUUUUGGAAGGAAAAGCACCAUCUCUGAAACAUGAUACCAUUGCACGACGUCAGCAGACUUUGAAAGAAAGCCAAACUCAAUCAAAAAAUAGGAAUGGUAAUAGAGGAAGACUGAACUGCCUGCAAAAAAGGUGUGAGGAGCUUCUUAUGAGUCUUGGAGUGCGAUGCUAUAAAAGUGAAGGAGAAGCUGAAGCUCUUUGCUCCAGACUUAAUGAAUUAGAUGUUGUUGAUGCAGUAAUUUCCCAAGACAGUGAUUGUUUUCUUUACGGAGCCCGAGUAGUACUGAGAAACUUCACAAUGAGUCCCUCGUACACAUGCGAUAUGUACAGGAUGGAGAAUGUGGAGGCCAAGCUGGGACUGGGAAGGCAGAAGCUGUUGGCAUUGUCCCUGUUGUGUGGAUGUGACUAUGAAGCAGGGGUCCAUGGUGUCGGCAAGCAAUCUGCUCUCAAAUUCCUGGAAACACUGUCCAACGACCAGGUACUUGACAGGUUACGAGGCUGGCGCAGUGAUGAUUUGUAUGAAUACCGAAUUAAAGGCUCCCAGAUGACUCAAGAAGAAAAGCUGGAACACAACAUUAGAAAGAAAGCCCUCCUGGAUCCUACCUUUCCUUCAGAAGAUGUUAUCUCUGAAUUCAUGUCUGCAAAAUCAGUUGAUGUGCCUAAGUUUGAGUGGACCAAACCUUCAUUACCAAAUUUUGUGACAAUGGCGGACCGUCUGCUGGCAUGGGAGGAUGACUAUACUUGCAGUAAGUUCCUCCCCCUGGUGACCAGGUGGCAUCUACAACACGAUGGAGCAGAGUGUGGGCUGCGACUUCUGGAGAUAGUCAAGCGGCGUGCAGUGCGUGGUGUGGCCUCUUAUGAGUUACGGUGGCACCAUGACGGAGUAGGGGAUCUCACCACUGUGGAACCUGUUCAUCUCAUUGAACAAGUCUAUCCUGAGCUCCACCAGGCAUUUGUACAAUCCAAAGAGAAACCUAAGAAAGGGAAAGGAAGAAAGAAGAAAAAUGAUAAAGAACCAGGAUUGGAUAACAUAGAAAACCUUUUGGGAAAACUAGACAUAAGUGGCAAAGAAAUAAAACAGCCAAACAAGAAACGGUCCAAACAAAAUGGUACUAAAGGACUACAAACAUUGGAUAGAUUCCUUCUUAGAGAGGCAACAACCAACAGAAUGUGUGAUGAUAUUACCUCUGAGUCUACCACAGUCUGCCAUAGUACCCCGAUUAGAAACAUUAACCACGACAGCUCCUUCCACUAUUUAUCUGAUGAGAGUGGUGUGGAUUCUCCAUUGCGUAAAAAUAAAACUGAUUUAAAAAGUAAAAAAUCACUCAGCCUUGAAAAUGUGAACCAGGAAGAUAUAUCAGAAUCACCUCAUCUGUCCUUAACUUUCCACUCACUAAUAGACUGUAGUGUAGACAGUGAUGCUUUCAAUUUGUCUGACAUAGUGAACUCUAUAGUAGCUCGGACUAGUGUAAAUCCAGCUGUCAAAAUCUGGGCCAAUAAUAUCAAGUAAGUCUUCUUGAAUAAAUGCUUUUUGUGUUGUGACACUCAUUGGAAAUUUUUGGUGAGAAGGUGGUUGUAUUACUAAGUACAGUACUUCAAUUUUAUCGCAGUUUAAAUUUGUAAAUAAAUAUGUUUUUUAUG